CGAGUCUCCGCGACAAGAGAAACCGAGGAAGGGAUUAGUGACAAUAUUACCGGCCUGGAAUAUAUCGUUUGUAUCUGAAUCUCUGCGUGGAUCCCAUAGCGACCAAAGGCAAGUGGAACAGUCUGAAUCCGUGGGACACCUGUCCGCCUGGCUUGCCCACUUACCUUCUGAUUUUUGUUGGAGGGAUGAACUGAGAGGAUGAAUGUAAACCAGCAACCUCACAUGGCCUCGCCCUACGGCCCUCCACAGCCCGGCUACCAGGGCUACCCACCGGCCGCCUAUGGGGGCCAGCACAUGGGCUACCCGGGCCAGUACCCUCCCUACAAUGGCCCCACCUCCGCCUACCAGCCUGGAGCUGCAGUGCCAGGUGGUUCCAUGUGUGGCCCGCCCCCCUCGUCAGGUGCCCCCCCUGUGUCGGCGGCCCAGGCCUACGCCCAGUAUGCCGGCGGACACGUGCAGAACGGCCCUCCUCCCAGCGCACCCCCCAAUCAGAGGCCACCAGUGUCCCAGCCGUACACCCCGGCGCCCAUGAACCUGUCCAGCCCCCCCCAGCCCAACUACAACCAGCCAUUCGCCGGCCCGCCCACCACCAUGCAGCAGAUGACCAAUCAGAUGGCUGGAAUGCAGGUUGGCUCCGCCCCUCCCACAGGAACAGCUCCUGGCUAUGCUGUGCCUCCAUCCUCCCAGCCUCCCGUGUCUGGUGCCUACACCUCCACCGCGGGGCCUCCUCCUCCUUCCUCCCUCUCUCCCUCCUCCAGCGCCCCCUCCGCCCACCCCGCGGCCACAGGUGACGGAGUAUCCGCCCCUGGACCUCCCCAGGCCUUCUACGGCGGAGCUCCACCACCCCCGCCCACUUCGGCCCAGCAGCCCUUCCCCGUCUCCUCCGCGCCCCCCUCGGCCUUCUCCACGGCUCCCCCCACCCAGGCUGCCGCACCUCAACCCCCAGCUGCUGCUGUUGAUGCCGCCCCUGCCCCUGCCCCAGCGCCUCCCACCUCGGCUGGGCCUGCUCCUCCACCCGUCUCCCAGGCUUCGCAGGCCUUCCCUGGAGCUCCACCCCAGACAGCUCCACCUGCACAACAGAUGCCUCCGUUCUCUGCCGCCGGACCUCCACCUUCCCAGCCGCCCUUCGCCUCUGGAGCUCCACCACCAUCCUCGGCGCCCCCACCCACGUCCCAGCCGCAGCAGCACCUCUACGGGGGCCCUCCACCCCCCCAGCAGCAUGGCGGCUACCCGCAGCCUCCACCUCCCAGCUCAUCCGCUGCUGCUACCGCUACCACCAACUCUGGCUUCCCUGGAGGCAUGCCCCCACCCCCCACCCCCCACCACCCCCCCCAGCAAUACCCAGGCGCACCUCCAUCCCUGGGCCAACAGCCCCCACCAUCCCAGCCCUCCCCUCUCCUCCUCCCCACCUCCUCCGCUCCUGCUAGCCUCUCGGGCCCCAUGCCUCCUCCGCCCACCGGCAACGCCGGCUUCCCGCCACAAGGGGGCGCGCCACCCAGGGGGCCCAUGGGCAUGCAGGCCCCCCCGCCGAUGCAGCAUCCAUCCAUGUCCGGGCCGCCUCCAGGCCCCAUGGUCCAGGCCAACCACGUGGGCCCCCCCACCCAGCCUGGCAUGCCGCCGCCUAUGGGACCCCCCUCUGGAGCCAUGCCUGGGGGCCCGCCACAGCCGGGGAUGCAGGGGUACCCUCCCCAGCAGAACGGUAAUUUUGGUCAGAUGAUGAGGGGUCCCCAGCCCGGCGGAUACCCAGGGCAACAGUAUCCAGGGCAACAGAACUUUGGGGGGCCUCCUCAGCCCGCUGCGCCCGCCCCUCCCCCACAGAAACGCUUGGACCCUGACUCCAUCCCCAGUCCGCAAGCGCCUGACGUGCCGCCUGUUCAGAAAACAAGACAUAGAAUAGACCCAGACGCUAUCCCCAGCCCAAUCCAGGUGAUUGAGGACGACAGGGUCAACAAGGGCACGGAGCCCUUUACCACCGGGGUCAGAGGUCAGGCCCCUCCUCUGGUCACCACCAACUUCCAGGUCAAAGAUCAAGGCAAUGCCAGUCCUCGCUUCGUCCGCUGCACGGCGUACAACAUGCCCUGCACGUCAGACAUGGCCAAGCAGUCGCAGGUGCCCCUGGCAGCUGUCAUCAAGCCCCUGGCCACCCUGCCAGCAGAUGAGACGCCUCCGUACAUCGUGGACCACGGGGAGAGCGGCCCUAUCCGCUGCAACCGCUGCAAGGCCUACAUGUGCCCCUACAUGCAGUUCAUCGAGGGCGGACGCAAGUUCCAGUGCGGCUUCUGCAGCUGCGUCACGGAGGUGCCUCCGCAGUACUUCCAGCAUCUGGACCACACGGGGAAGAGGGUGGACUGCUACGACCGGCCAGAGCUCUCCAUGGGCAGCUACGAGUUCAUGGCCACCGUCGACUACUGCAAGAACAAUAAGAUCCCUCAGCCCCCUGCCUACAUAUUCCUGAUCGAUGUGUCUUACAACGCUGUGCGAAGCGGCAUGGUGGGAAUCGUAUGCCAGGAACUCAAGACACUGCUGGACUACCUGCCCAGGGAAAACCCGGACCUGGCGUCCCCGGUGCGCGUGGGCUUCGUGACCUACAACAAGGUGCUGCACUUCUACAACGUGAAGGCGUCGCUGGCGCAGCCCCAGAUGAUGGUGGUGUCGGACGUGGCUGACAUGUUCGUGCCGCUCCUCGAUGGCUUCCUCGUCAACGUGGACGAGUCGCGCAUGGUUAUCGAGAGUUUACUGGACCAGAUCCCUGAGAUGUUUGCCGACACGCGGGAGACGGAGACGGUGUUUGGGCCUGUGAUCCAAGCUGGUCUGGAAGCCUUGAAGGCGGCAGACUGUGCUGGAAAGCUGUUCCUCUUCCACACAUCUCUGCCAAUCGCAGAAGCCCCUGGGAAGCUGAAGAACAGGGAGGACAAGAAGCAAGUUGGCACCGACAAAGAAAAGGCGUUGUUCCAGCCCCAGGUCAGCUUCUACGGCAACCUGGCGAAGGAGUGCGUGGCGCAGGGCUGCUGCGUGGACCUCUUCCUCUUCCCCAACCAGUACGUGGACGUGGCCACGCUCGGGGUGGUGCCCACAUCCACCGGCGGCUCCGUCUACAAGUACACCUACUUCCAGGCACAGAGUGACCAGGAGCGGUUCUUGCACGACCUGCGGCGGGACGUGCAGAAGCAGGUGGGCUUCGACGCCGUCAUGAGGGUCCGCACCAGCACAGGCAUAAGGGCUACAGACUUCCUCGGCUCGUUCUACAUGAGCAACACGACGGACGUGGAGCUGGCCGGCCUGGACUGCGACAAGACCAUCACCGUGGAGUUCAGACACGACGACAAGCUCAGCGAAGACACAGGCGCCUUGAUGCAGUGUGCGGUGCUGUACACCAGCUGCGGUGGCCAGAGGCGGCUGAGGGUCCACAACAUGGCGGUCAACUGCUGUGCGCAGCUGGCGGAUCUCUACCGCAACUGCGAGACUGACACCAUCAUCAACUUCUUCGCCAAGUAUGCAUUUCGUAGCGUGCUGAACGGCCCCACGAAGAAUGUGCGGGACAGCCUGAUCAACCAGUGUGCCCAGAUCCUGGCCUGCUAUCGCAAGAACUGCGCCAGCCCCUCUUCAGCUGGACAGCUGAUCUUGCCCGAGUGCAUGAAGCUGUUGCCCGUCUACCUGAACUGCGUGUUGAAGAGCGACGUGCUGCACCCGGCGGCGGACACCUCUCUAGACGACCGGGCCUACCUGCGCACCCUGCUCAGCGCCAUGGACGUAUCCGAGAGCCACGUCUUCUUCUACCCACGACUGCUGCCCCUGCACAAGAUGGAUGCGGAGAGCGAGGCGUUGCCGGUGGCGAUUCGGGACUCGGAGGAGCGUCUGUCCAAGGGGGGGCUGUACCUGCUGGAGACGGGCCUCAACCUCUUCCUGUGGGUGGGGGCCAGCGCACAGCAGGAGCUGCUCAGCAACGUCUUCGGCACCCCCGCCUUCGGACAGAUAGACCCCAACAUGACCUCCCUCCCGGAGCUGGAUAAUCCCUUCUCUAAGAAGCUGCGGGAACUCAUCGCCUCCUUCCGGGCCCAGCGCUCACGAUACAUGAAGCUGAUGGUGGUGAAGCAGGACGACAAGCUGGAGCUGAUCUUCAAGCACUUCCUGGUGGAGGACAAGAACAACAGCGGCGGCGCCUCCUACGUGGACUUCCUCUGCCACAUGCACAAGGAGAUCCGACAGCUCCUCAGCUAGGGCCCCUUAACCUCCCCACCUCCCUCCAUCUAUCCCUCCCUUCUCCUCCUUCCUUCAUCCCUCCCUCCCUCCUCCUCCUCCUUCUCCUCCUCUCCCUCCGUUCCUCCUCUUCAGCCGCCCUCUUCCUAUGCCACAUGCACAAGGAGAUCCGACAGCUCCUCAGCUAGGGCUCCUUAACUCCCCACAUCCACCUCCCUCCAUCCCUCCCCACUUCCUCCUCCUCCUCCUCUCCCUCUCCCUCCCUCCUCUUCAGCUGCUCCAACUCCUCAACCUCCCCAUCCCUCUCUUCUUCUCUCUUCCUCCUCCUCCUCCUCCUCCUCCUCCUCCUCAGCCCCCCUCCUCGUCCCUCCUUUAUGACCCCCAUAACCACCUUAAAAACCUCCUCACCUGUCCCCUGAACUCCCGUACCCGACCGAAAUCCGCAGAUUUCCCCCUGCCUCCUCCUUACUUUUACUCAAAAAAAAAUAUGCGCUUUAUCUUUUUAUUUUUGACAUAAUAAAACAAAAUAUCUCUCUCUGUCUCUCUGACUCUCUCUCUCUCUCCCCCCCCCUCCCUCCCUCCUUCCCUCCUCGUCCUCUACUCCACUCUACUCUACUGUCCUCCAAUCAUCCUCCGCGUCUCUCUGUGUGCCUGGGAGCUCCCCCCUAGCCCUCCGAUCGGGUCGGGCGGGUUGGGUCCAGAGCAGACUGGAGAGAGAGGGAGUACUAGGUGGGGAAAAAAAAGACCCUCAGCCAGCCAGACAGACUUCACCUCCUCUCUUCACCUCCCUUCCUGUGGGUUUUAGUUUCUUCCUCUUUGCUUUGGGCCUAACCUUUCAUUUCCUCCGAUUUCUCUCUCAAGAGGCCUGCGUGUGCGUGCGUGCGUGGACCGCCAAAAUAUUGAUGAAUUUCUUGGGGACAGAUGGACAGACAAUUGGAUACGUUGAUUGGAUGGACGAUUGAUGCCAUCACUUCUUCAACUCUGGCAAAUGAUUCAGGAUCCCAUCUUUUCUGUCUUCAGUGUGGACGUCAAUUUCACAGCUGCAUGAUCGCCAACUUAACGAGAGGAGAUUAUAUCAAUUUUGAAGUGUGUGUGUGUGGCAGAGGGAGAGGGAAAGGGAAGUGUGUGUGUGUGCGCGUCUGUGUGAGUGAAUGAGUGAUUGGGACAUGUUUAACGAUUUGGAAGUGAAUGAAAAGAGUCAAUGUUUGAUUGUAUUACGUGUUCUACAAGUAACAGUAGCACCGAGGCUCUGGAUCCCAGAUAGAAAAAAAAAUGGCAAAUAAAAUAAAUAGACAACAAAUGAAUAAAGUAAGUACAACAAAGGAGGGCAUACAUGGGAGUGUGAAGCAUUCUUCCUGUCCCAAAGAAAUAACCACCAAAAAAAAAAUCAUUUAAAUUGAUAUUGUGCAAUUUUUGGGAAGGUGAAGGUGUAAAAUAAAAAUGGCACAAUAUCACUUUAAGAAGAGUGGAAAAUGACUGUGAGAAAAAGAGACCGGUCUGAAAUAUUCUCUUGUUCAUUGCAUGGACGUACAUUUGAACACAAAUUGCUUUGUCUCAUUGGCUACUUUUGCACUGUGUCAUGGACAAGUGAACAUUUCGUAAUGGACAAUGGACUUUGCAUUCCUUUUCAUUCAGUUAAUAUCUGUCAUCCAGUGGUUUCUGUCUGCUUUUCUUUUCUUUCCCCCCCCCUCCCAAUUGGCUGACAAUGUUCCCUCUUCUCCUCUGAUACUUCUCUCUCUUUUUUCCCUCCUUUAUCAAUGUAUGGCCUUACUGUUUCUCCUUUCCCUCUAAUGUAUCAAUCCUGCUUUUUUUUUUUUCUUUCUUUCUUUUUCCUCUUCCCCCCUUCCUUGUUUCAUAAUAUUUUGUGUGUGCUCAUUUUGUUUGUUUUUUUGUUAUCAUUCACUGUAACAAAACUGUAUGUUUUUAAAAACGUGUGAAAAAUCGAAAAAUGUAACAAACGGGCAAUAUGGGAAAGGAGCUCUCUUUUUUUUCUUCUCUUCUUUUCUUUUUAACUUUCUGCUAUUUGUCCUGUAUUAAAACAAAAAUGGAACAAAAAAAAACAAAAAAAUCAUGGA